AUGUUGAAUGAAAGUGAGUUCGCAACCCUGAGAAACCGUUUCCGAAAAGAUGCCGAGCUAUUAAUGCAAGCCAAAGGCACUUUGGCCGACGAAGAUAAGUGCACAGGAGAAAAGGAUGUCAAACCUCUUCCUCGAAUUAACAAGCAUUCUGUUUUCUGGAUCGUGGCAGCGAUUGGUGUUACCCAUUAUGCGGAUUUCUUUAGCCACAUCAUUGUAAAUGAUGCUAUAAAGAGUUGGUGGUUUAAUGUGGGCCUGCUGCUCCUGGGGAUUAGCCUGUGUCUCGCCACAUUUUGUAUUGGCUACCUGGAGUGGUUUAAAGGAAUUGUGCACUAUGACCAAGAGUACCCUGCAAUCCCUCCCAUUACCACCGCUGCGUUUAUUGCUGCAUCAUUCAGUUUCAACAUUGCUCUUUGGCCAGUCUGGUCCUUCUUCACUCCGCUUAUCCUCUUCACGCAGUUCAUGGGUGUGGUGAUGCUGAUUUCUCUUCUUGGAUGA